AUGAACGGAUUUGAAGGGGAAAACUUUUAUAUUCCGAUGAACAACCGCACAGGGCUAGUCAGGGACCCUUUCGUUUACCCACAGUACUACUUAGCAGACCCAUGGCAGUUCAAGUUCCUUGCCUUCUACAUGUUUAUGCUAAUCUGCUUUGGCUUCCCCAUCAAUGGACUAACCCUGCUGGUCACUAUGCAGCACAAAAAGCUACGACAGCCACUCAACUUCAUCCUGGUCAACCUGGCAGUGGCCGGUAUGAUCAUGGUCCUCUUUGGUUUCACCAUCACCAUCACCUCAGCCGUCAACGGCUAUUUCUACUUUGGGCCCGUGGGCUGUGCAAUCGAAGGGUUCAUGGCAACCCUUGGAGGAGAGGUUGCUCUCUGGUCACUGGUUGUGCUUGCCAUUGAGAGAUACAUAGUGGUCUGUAAGCCAAUGGGCAGUUUCAAAUUCUCAUCGGGCCACGCCCUUGGAGGCAUUGCCCUCACCUGGAUCAUGGCAGCCAGCUGUGCGGUGCCCCCACUGGUAGGGUGGUCCAGGUAUAUUCCUGAAGGGAUGCAGUGCUCCUGUGGACCAGAUUACUACACUCUGAACCCUAAAUACAACAACGAAUCAUAUGUCAUCUACAUGUUCGUGGUUCACUUCAUCAUUCCUGUCACCGUCAUCUUUUUCACUUAUGGGCGGCUCGUGUGCACAGUCAAAGCAGCGGCAGCUGCUCAGCAGGACUCAGCAUCCACCCAGAAAGCUGAGAAGGAAGUGACACGGAUGGUUGUCCUGAUGGUGGUGGGCUUCCUGGUGGCCUGGACUCCCUAUGCUAGUGUCGCCGCCUGGAUCUUCUUCAACAAAGGAGCUGCUUUCACUGCCCAGUUCAUGGCCAUUCCUGCCUUCUUCUCUAAAAGCUCAGCUUUGUUCAACCCAAUCAUCUACGUGCUCCUCAACAAACAGUUCCGUAACUGCAUGCUUACCACUCUCUUCUGUGGCAAAAACCCAAUGGGUGAUGAUGAAUCCUCCACAGUGUCCACAAGCAAGACAGAAGUAUCUUCAGUGUCACCAGCAUAG